AUGUCGUUCUUCGUACCCCCAAAGCCUCUCACUACCAAGCUUGGCCGGCACCGCGCUCUCGCACCCCUCGCGGGCGUGCACGUCUCUCCAAUCUGUCUCGGUGCAAUGAGCAUUGGCGACCAGUGGGCCAAGAUCGGGAUGGGCCAGAUGGACAAGGAGAGCAGCUUUGCGCUGCUCGAUGCGUUCUACAAUGCGGGCGGAAACUUCAUCGAUACCGCUAACAAUUACCAGGACGAGACAUCCGAAAUAUUCAUUGGCGAGUGGAUCGAGAGCCGCGGGGUGCGCGACCAGAUCGUCGUCGCGACCAAGUAUACCUCGAACUGGAAGCGCGCGGCGGACAUUCCUCAAAAGUCGUCAUAUGUGGGCAACAACAUGAAGUCGCUCCAUGUUUCGCUGGAAGCAUCGCUCAAGAAGCUGCGUACGAGCUAUGUCGACAUUCUCUAUGUGCAUUGGUGGGACUGGGAGUCUGGCGUGGAGGAAGUCAUGAAUGGCCUGCACCACCUCGUCGCAGCAGGAAAGGUUCUCUACCUCGGUAUCUCCGACACCCCCGCAUGGAUCGUGUCCAAGGCCAAUAUGUAUGCGCGUUUGACCGGCAAGACGCCCUUUGUCGUGUAUCAGGGCGCAUGGAGCAUUCUCACGCGCGACUUUGAGCGCGAUAUCAUCCCCAUGGCGCGCACCGAAGGAAUGGCUCUCGCGCCGUGGAACGUCCUCCAAUCGGGCAAGAUCCGGACAGAUGCAGAGGAAGAGCGGCGGAGACAGACUGGAGAGAAGGGCCGAACGAUCUUCAAUCCCGAGUGGGAGCGCACCCCAGAGGAGCGCAAGGUCUGCCUCGCACUCGAGAAGGUUGCCAGCGAAGUUGGCGCACCGAGCAUCACUGCUGUCGCGAUCGCGUACGUGCUCCAGAAAACGCCUUACGUCUUCCCCAUCGUCGGCGGGCGCAAGAUCGAGCACCUGAUGGACAACAUCGCCGCGUUGGACAUAACACUCACGCCCGAGCAUAUCAAAGAGCUCGAGAGCGUGCAGCCGUUCGACGUUGGCUUCCCUAGCUGGUUCUGUGGCGAUGGGACGGAGCUCCCGCGGCAGUAUGCGCAAGUGGGACACUUCGACAAGUGGCCACUCCAGCAGGCGAUCCGCCCCUCAUAG